CCCCCCUUGUUUUUUUUGUGAUGUCUCCUUAAAAAAAGCUUAUUAUUACCAACCAUGACAAUCAUCUUUUUUCUUUCUUCUUCUUCUUUAAUCUUUAAUAAUAAUAAACAUGGGUUGUUGCCAAUCGACUGAACAAGUUGAAGAAAAACAAAGAAAUCAAGAGAUUGAUGCUCAAAUAAAACGAGAUAGAGUCACUAUGCGAAAAGAAAUUAAAAUGCUACUCCUUGGUGCUGGUGAAUCAGGAAAAUCAACUAUAUUAAAACAAAUGAAAUUAAUUCAUGAUGGAGGCUAUACACCCGAAGAAAGGGAAAGCUUUAAAGAAGUCAUAUUCAGCAAUACACUACAGUCCAUGAGAGUCACACUGGAGGCGAUGGAUAAUCUCGGUAUCCCAUUUAGGAAUCCCGAGAAUGAGCUGCAUAAAAGGCUCAUUAUGGACGCUCCACCGCAGAUUGACUAUUUGGGCCAUGAAUUAGUAGAGGCUAUUUCAUCACUUUGGGAUGAUCUGGGAGUGCAGGAAUGUGUCUCAAGAGCAAACGAGUAUCAACUGAAUGACUCUGCGAAAUAUUACUUUGAUUCUAUCCUUCGUAUAGGUCAACCUAAUUAUAUGCCAAGUGAUCAAGAUGUCUUGAGAUCAAGAGUGAAAUCUACUGGAAUCACAGAGACUACCUUCGUCAUCGACUCACUUACAUAUAGAAUGUUUGAUGUUGGAGGCCAACGAUCAGAAAGAAAGAAAUGGAUUCACUGCUUUGAAAACGUGACAGCCUUGAUGUUCUUAGUGGCUAUAUCAGAAUAUGAUCAAGUGCUAUUUGAGGAUGCAAGUGUGAAUAGGUUACAAGAAUCACUGACACUAUUUGACUCCAUCUGUAAUUCGAGGUGGUUUAUCAAGACAUCCAUCAUCUUAUUCUUAAACAAGAUUGAUUUAUUUCAAGAAAAAUUACCAAAAUCGCCUCUAUCACAUUAUUUCAAUGAUUACAAGGGAGGCAAUAAUUAUGAUGCGGCUUGUCAGUACUUGCUGGAAAAAUUCGUUUGUUUGAACACUAGAGCGGAUACAAAACAAAUCUAUACUCAUUUAACUUGUGCAACAGAUACAAAACAAAUCAAGUUUGUCAUGAAUGCUGUUAACGAUAUCGUAGUUCAUGAUAAUCUACGAAAUGUUGGCUUAUUGUAGUAAUAAUAACAUUAUAUUUAUAUUCCCCCUUUCUCUUCUUAUUUAUGUAUACUUAUGUCUGUUUGUGUGUCUCUGUGUGUGUGUAUAGUUAUUAAAAAGAUGAUAUUGUUUUCAAAAGAUAAAAUGCUUAAAGUAGUAG